AAGUUGGUCAGGGUGCCAUGGCGUUCGCCAAGGUCCCUACAGUAGAUACUAUGCCAGUUAUGAUUCCUCCCUUUGCCCGCAGGACUUGUCGUCCUUAGUACCAGUGCAGUCCCAUAAAAUCCCUUGCCUUCAUCCUCAACGUCACGUGCUUGCAUCCCGGUGGAUGGCAAAUCACAUCUGACCAUGCGUUCCAACCCUCGGACUUCACGAAUCCACAGAGAAACAUGGAAGUUUCCGAGUCAUACUGUCAAUUUGUCCACCCCACUACAACUCUCAUGGCACGCGGCUUGGGCAUAGGACAACCAACUGACCAAGCGGGUUGUCUAGGCGGUAAAUAUUACUUCCAUCCACCCAAUACCCCGAGGGCCGACGCACAAAGCCGACCUGCCCGGCCAUCUGCGAGAUCCCGGGACUCCUUAAGGUACCGCCGCUCAAGAUUCUCCCCGAAUCGGCGGGUUAGCGCCCGAAGCCAGGAGAGUGACUGUGGGGUUUUGUCUGGGGAAAAUUGGGUGAUGCCAAGAGACGGGCACAAAGUUAGCAAGACCGCCAGGCUAAAUUCGAUAUCGGCCUUUUCAUCAACUUCCGGGCUUUUAGCCUGUCUGCGGCUUCCAAAUUUGGCAGCAAAAGCACCCUGCAACCAACUGACUGGGACCCCGAUAAGAGCGCUUCCCUCGCUGACCACGUUGUCACGCUCUUGCGAGGGGCGCAUCGCAGAGUGCCUGUGGCCUGCUGACUUUGGCGAUGGACGCCAGGAACAACGGGUUCCAAGACUCCCAAACCAGCUCGUCGGUGAUGCAUUCAAUGCAGUGCCACAAUUUGACAACCCCUGGCUGCUGACGGAGCUGGCGAAGGUGCCUUGUCGAUACCUUAGUGUUCAACUGGGCACCUCAGCAACCCCGCCCCCUGCGAGAACUGGAUUCGACCUUUGCAGACAGCUUAACGCUCUAUCAGCCAAGAGCGACAAUCGCCUUCCCAGAUUUACCUGAUUUCAGAAUUCUGGCUUGGGGCACCGCAGCGGCAGUUGGUUGAACGUUUCGCGUCAUCUAAUACGGCAAUUAAAGGCCAGCACCUCAUAACCCCACGUUCACGAGCAAGUUUCAUCGCGGCGCGCAUCCAUUUUAUUGCGAUGCUGCCAUUUCAUUGCGCCGGUUGUCUAGCCCUGACGCAGCUUGGGCCUAUGAAAGCUACCGCAUACGCGAAUUCGGCCCUCCUCCCGCUUCAGUCGGGAAGCUCAUCCGCCAAGUCGAGCAGGUGCCUGCUGAUUCGCAGCGUCAGGCCGGAUGCUGACCCUUUUUGUCCGCAACUUUUUUUUCACGAAUCCCGCCGCCUAAGUCAUCUCCUAGGUUCAUUACGAUUCUUAGGGUCUCCUGCAGUCAGCACGCCGUCUUGCUCGAGCCAUUUCAUCACAUCUGACCCUCCCGAACCACCCCAUACCUCCCAAUUUCGACACGCCAAGGGCAGCGCAGG